AUGACUUUGAAAUUGGGCGUCCGCUGGGCCAAGAUAAUGGAGGAGCUGGCAGAUGCCCUGAUUUACUGCCAUGAGAAGAAGGUGAUUCACAGGGAUAUUAAGCCAGAGAACCUGCUGCUGGGGCUAAGGGGUGAAGUGAAGAUUGCAGACUUUGGCUGGUCUGUGCACACCCUCUCUCUACGGAGAAAGACAAUGUGUGGGACUCUGGACUACUUGCCCCCAGAAAUGAUCGAAGGGAGAACAUACGAUGAGAGGGUGGAUCUGUGGUGCAUCGGGGUACUCUGUUAUGAGCUGCUGGUGGGCAGUCCGCCCUUUGAGAGCCCCUCACACACGGAGACCUACAGACGCAUCCUAAAGGUGGAUGUGAGGUUUCCCUCCUCACUGCCUUCUGGGGCCCAGGACCUGAUCUCCAAGCUGCUCAGAUACCAGCCCUUGGAGCGUCUGGGCCUGGCCCAGGUCCUGGAGCACCCCUGGGUCCAGACCCACUCCCAGAGGGUGUUGCCUCCCUCUGCUCAGAUGGCUUCCUGAGCUGCCUGCCCUGUUCCUUUGUGUUUGUUCGAAGAGCUCGCCUGGCUCUGCUACCUCAUCUGUCUUUUUGUUUCUUAUUUUUAAGCUGCAAGAUACUAAUUAAUAAAAACUGAAUCACUU